CGGGCGGCUGGGGAGGUCGGGGCCCCCUCGCGCGCCGAAGGGGGCUGCAUCGAGCGGACGUGGGCAGCGCGUGGAAAGACCGCGGGCCGCUCCCCAGGAAGAAACCUAGGUUACCUGGAACCCGAGACCCCCUUUAGUCAGUCCGAUUUUCAUGAUCGAAGUGUCGGAAGCUCCCCGAGAACUGCCGUGCAGAUGCUAGCGGGCCCAGAGCCCGGGGUCCGCGCCCUCCGGGACUUCGGGAGCUGUCCUCGCUCCCUCCCUGCCCUGCGCUCCCCUAACGCGGGCUACCCCCAGCCUGGAGGCGGACAUGACUCCUCUCUGUCCUCCUCAAUUUCAGAAGGAAAACACACAAGGUAAGGAUCCACCAAGCAUGCCUCUUGGUGCGGCCUGUCCUGCCCCUGCUUGAGCGGAGAUGGUGCUUCAAGGGGACUCAGUGGAACCAGUGUCGCCGCGAGCCCCACAGUGAGUGGAGUCCCUGAGCCGGAAGGCACCUGGCAAAGCCAGCCCAGGUCUGUGACCCGCUCUCCAGAGUGCGACAUGUCACCAACUCACCCAGGGCCGGUGGGGCCCAGAAUCCACAUUUCCAUGUUAGGCUUGAGCACAGCGGACCAAAUGCAGCGCUGGCACAGGUCGUGUAUACCCGACCCCGGAGGGACUUCCCACUCGGAGAAUGUAAGCACUCUAGGAGCACACAGGGGCAUGGCUGGGUGUCAUUUUUGGAAGGAAAGGAAGCAAAGAAGUUGCUGUGCUCUUCACUUGGAAGCUCCUUAAUUUAAGCACAGGCAUAUUUUUGACAGUGACAAUUAUUUGCAACACAGUAUCUUACACAUCACUAUCAAGGAGAGGAUAGUACACAGCAGCCUCAGUAUAUGCUUUGUUUAUGACGUAUUCACUCCAUAAACAUAUCCUGAGCUCCUAUUAAGUACAUGCCGACUAGGACACCAGGUGGGAAACUCCAGAGAAACAGGGAGCCUGACCUGAGGAACUCACCACCGGCCAGGUGACACCAGGAAUCACAGUGUUGGAUGGUUUCUUAGCUCUAUUUUUGUCAACCAUAGCCACCAAGCAAAUGACAUUAGUGAGUAAAUUCUCACCCUAUUUAGCUUAGAAUGGAGAGCACCUUCUGGUUACUAAAUAACCCUGGCAGACAACACCAUGGCAGGAAUAAACUUGGCUAUAAACUCAAAUGUGCAACAAACAGAAUUUUUUUUUUUUUUAACCUGAAGCUUCUUUCUAUUUGAAGGCCCAUUCCUCUGCAAUGACAACAAUCCUGUCACCAGGAGCCCCCCCCCCCCCCAGGGCUGUGCCAAGGCUGGAAGGGUUGGAGCCUCACCAGUCCUGGGAUAACUGGUCCACAGGAAUUCCAAGAUGUUCUUUGUCCACUCUGGUGUUUGGAUAUUGGUCUUUAGCUUCAGGCUUAUGCGC